AAAUAAAUCGUUCUCUGUAGUACGCACCAUGUGGACUCGAGGAAGUUACUGCAUGUUACUGCAGGUUAUGUGUUGUUUGUGGUGAUUUGUUGUGUGUUGUAUUCAGAUAUUAGUAAGGUUGGACGUGUGCUGUGAGGUAGUUGUGUAGUGUAUUGUGAUUAUUUCAACUUUUGAUUUGUUCGCAACUUUCAAUAUAUUUAUAAUAUUGAAUUGCCUUAAUGCACCACAAGAAUGAAAAUAAAUCACUGUGAAAUACAUUUUAUUAACAUAUGUUUGAUUUUCGUAAAAUGAGCGUUUGAAUCUAUUUAUUUGGGAUAUAAAGUUUUUGUUAAAUAGUGGUAAUUUCAGUCAAGAUAAGAAGAACUUUUCAAAGAGAGUUGUCAGGUGUUCGUUAAUAACGAAGAUGAUGCAGUUUACGUCCAGACAGUUGAAAUUCAAAGCAAAAAGAAACUGAAACAAGAGAGAGGAAAUGACAUGGAGGGAGAACCGGGAACCGAGCAUUUGUAUUCUUUUAAAUCUAACUUUUCCACUGUAAAUUAUGUUAAAGAAGGAACCAAGAAAGUGUCAGGUAUGUCAGGUGGUGUGCAAUCAACUGUAUCGUCCUUCAUGGACUCAUACGUAUCAUUCAUUAAAAAUAGAAACAAGAAUAUGUCUUUAAACAUACCUCCUGAAUGUAGCCAAUCAUGUAGUUUUAAAAAAAAUGAAUUGAGUUUGCUGGAAAAUAAUAAUUAUGUUUCAGAAGUUGUCAAUGAAUCAAGUUAUUUAAAGAAAAGAAAAAAAAAGAAUAAUCAUUACUCAUGGUUGGAAAAUACACGAAAUUGUGACUCAGCCCUAAGAAGCCAUGAAUUAAGUUUCCCAGUGAAUAGGAAAUCAAUUUUAUCAGAAAAUAAGUCUCUGGAAUACAAUAGUGGACUCUCAAAAAAUGUCAAUGAAUCAAAUUAUUUAAAGAGAAGGAAAAAAAAGAAGUAUCAUGACUCUCCAAAGUUGAAAAACUUGUUACAUCAAGACUCAACUCUAAAAAAUGAUAAAAGUAAGGGGGUAACUGAAAUAAGAAACUCUGAAUUAAGUUUGCUAAUAAAUAGGAAAUCUAUUUCAUCAUCUGAUAAAUCAGUGGAAAACAAUUGUGGAGGUUCAGAAACCUCUAAGGAGUCAAAUUAUAAAAACAAAAGAGAAAAAAAGAAGCAUUGUAAGUCGUCAAGCUCUGAAAAUGGAAUGUUUUGUGACUCAAUGUUUGAAAAAGAUAAAAGUGGGGAUGUAACUGAAAUAAUAAGCUCUGAGAGAAGUUUGCCAUUGAAUGAAAAAUCUAUUUCAUCAGAAAAUAAGUUUCUGGAAAGCAAUGGAGCCUCAGAAACUGCUACUGAAUCAAAUAAUUUAAUUAAAAGGAAAAAAAAGAAGCAUCCUCACAAUUCAGCAUUGGAAAAUGUGAUACGUUAUGACUCAUUACUAGACAAGGGUAGAAGCCUGAAAAUAGUUGGUAUGUGUAGUUCUGCAUUAAGUUCAUUGGUGAAUAGGAAACCCAUUUCUUCAGAAAAUUAUGGACUAAAAGAAAAUAAUGGAGUUUCAGAAAUUGUUAAUGGGUCAAGUUAUUUUAAAAAAAGAUCAAAAAAUCGCCAUGAUUCUUCAAUUGUGGAAAAUGUGAUUCAUUAUGACACAUCUCUAGAAAAUAAUAGAAGCAGGGAAGUAAUUGAAAUGAGAAGCUGUGAAUUAAGUUCACCAGCAAAUAGAGUAUCUAUUUCAUCUAAAAAUAAGUCUUUGGGAGAACAAUGUGGAGCCUCAGAAACCAGCAAUGAAUCAAAUUACUUAAAUAAAAGGAAAAAAAAGAAACUUUAUUGCUCACCAAAUUCAGAAAAUAUGUUACAUCGUGACUCAUUGCUAGAAGAAGAUAGAAGCUUGGAAGUAUUUGAAUUGUGUAGUUCUGAAUUAAGUUGGCCAGUAAAGAGAAAAUCUGUUUCAUCUGAAAAGAAGACUCUGGAAAACAAUUGUGGAGUCUUGGAAACUACCAAUGAGUUAAAUUAUUUAAAAGAAAAGAAAAAAAAGAAACCCCAUAACUGUUCGAGGUUGGAAAAUGGAAUACAUUAUGAUUCAUUGCUAGAAAAUGAUAGAGGCAGGGACAUAUCUGAAAUAAGAAUCUUAAAAUUAAGUUCACCAAUGAAUAAAAAACCCAUUUCAUCAGAAAAGAAGCUUCUGGAAAAAAAUAGUGAAAGUUUUGAAACUAUUAACGAAUUGAAAUAUUUAAAGAAAAGAAAAAAGAAAGAGAAACUACAUGACUUUACUAAGUUAGAAAACAUGAGACGUGAUUCAUUUCUAGAAAAGAAAAGAAACAUGGAAGUAAUUGAUGUAUGUAGUUCUGAAUUAACUCCACUGUCUAUUUCUUCAGAAAAUAAUGUAUUUGAAAAUUCCAUUUCACCUUCUAAAAAGAAAAGAAAACUCCAAAAGAAUAAUUCUAUGAAGGAUAAAUGCAAGGAUAGAGUAAUGGUAACCAGCAUAAAAAGAGAGCAAAGCUGUACGAAUCACUUAACCAACCAAAUCAUUGAAGAUAUUGAUACUGAUUGUGUGGUUGAGAAGAGAAGUUCUACUUCACCACCUGAAAGAAAGAAAAGAAAGACAGGAGAAAUUACUUGUGAAUCCAGUGACUUAAAAAGAAAACUGAAGAAGAUGCAAACAAACCAAAAUACUCCAGAUAUUUGUGUGUUUGAGUCAAGCCCUUCUUUUCCACCCCUGUCAUCUAAAAGUGUUGGAAAUAGUAAAAGAGAGAAGAAAUAUCAGUUUGCUUUGCAGAAUGAAGCUAGUAUUAACCUUGAUGAAGCCAAUGCUGGUUUAUGCACAAGGGAGCCCUCAUUUAUAGUGCCUUCAGCCCUCAGUUCUUGUGAUGAUAUAGAGAAACCUAUUAAUACAAAUUUAAAUGUACAUAACAUGGACUCAGGUGAUGAGUCUGUGUAUGAUUUAUUUCAAAAUGAAAAAUGUUCUUCUAUGGAUUUGUUGACCGUGUAUGCAAAUAAAAUAGGCAAUAAGAAGGAAGAGUGUGAUAAAAUAUGGAAUGAUGCUAUCACAGCUGAAUUUGGAAGAAAUGCAUUGAAAAAAUAUCGUGAAGUGGAUGUGAAUAUAAGACAUGACAUUCCUCUACUACAUUUGGUUGAGUAUAGUGUUUGUACUAUACCAACAAAACAAGAAAGAGAGCAUUUGGUUUCUAUGGGUAUGAAGCAAAUUCCCUUCAAUAAAUCUGAAGAUGCCAUUAUCAUGAAUAAUUGGGAAAACCUGUGUAAAGAUAAUUUUGUUUCAUCUUCUGAUCUUCUUGAAAAUAUCAUCAAACGAGUUGGUGGUUACAAGACGACAAAAAAGAGAAUAGUUCAAUAUUUAGGGAAUGGCUUACCGGAUCGUGCUCUAUAUCAGAUUUAUAAUAGAUUUAUUCUACUAAGUUGUUCAAAAAAAGGCCAGUUUACCGAGGAGGAAGAUUACAUUCUUCUAAAAGCUAUGAAUUCAGAUGUUAAAGAAAAAUACGCCCUCUUGUCAUCAAUCUUAAGGAGAUCUCGAAAUACAAUCUAUAAAAGAUAUCAGAGAUUGCUAGCAUUACCAAAAGACACGACUGGAUGUUAUGAAAAAACAAAUACCAAAAGGGAUAUUAUAUUUGCAAAUAAAAUUGUUAAACUUUUAAUGCAUAUUUCUGGAGCUUCCUCAAUAGAAGAUUUUAGGGAUACUAUCAUGUCAGCUGACUUAUGGCGCCAGAUGGAGAAGGAACUGAAUACUCCCCAUUGGAAAUUACAUCAGUUUUGGAUUUACAAGUUACAUGUACAAUUGUUUGCAAAGACACCUGUCAGUGAAAACCAAGUGCAGAAGAAAAUUGUGAAGUGGCUUUAUAAGAAAAAUUAUUCAACAGAGAAAGAAAUCGACUGGUCUCAGAGUCGACACCUACUGUGUGGAUCAACACCAUCGUUUAUGUGGCUACAAUUCAGAUAUGUGAAGUACAAUUUCCGAUUUAAAAAUUUUAAAGGACUGAGAGAUUUUAUAAAAGCGGUAUAUUCACGGAGGAAAGCUUUUAAUGGUGCAUCACGUUAUCUAACUAGGUAUACAGUAAAUGAAGACUUUUCUUUGAGUGUUGUCAACGACGAAUGAUUGAAGAAGUAAACUAAAUGUAAAUGAUGUGAUAAAACCGAUUUUGUACAUGAAAAUCAGUUAAUUUAAUUUAUAAAGAUUAAUUUAUAAAGAACCUCCAAUUUAUUUUUAA